GCGAGCGGCACUCGGAACUCGAAUUUCGGAUAAAACGUUACGCGUCCUGCUACGAUUCAGUCUGACGGCGUCACUCGAACGAGAGUGACCUCGUGGCAAGCUCCACUCGUUAGCGACACUGAAUUUUUGUCUUAUUUUCAUUAUUCUCCCGGGAAAUUCGAAUUUUCGUUAAUCGGAAACGGAGCGAGGAACAAAGUAAUUUUUUUUGUUUCUCAUUCGGUCACUAAUCGUCUGUCAAAGUGUCGCACUUUGAUUUUCAUUUAAAACCGGAUCAGUGUUUGUUUAUGUCAGCGCGAGCAUCGAAGAACAUCCGACCAAUUUUCAGAGAAAAAAAUCGCAAUGAUGAAUGGCUCGAGCACCGGGAACGCGAUCGUCGAGGAGGUCGAAACGCGAAAACAGUCUCAAAGUGCUAAAAAGCCAGGACCGCUGAGAACCGUGUCCUGGAACGAGACCGUCGCCGAAGGAGAUUUCGAGAUACCGGGGACACCGAGGACGCCGAGAACCUCAACGACACCAGGACACGAAAAAUGCACUUUCCAUCACGAUCUCGAACUGGAUCAUCGCCCACCAACGAGGGAAGCUCUCCUGCCCGAGAUGUCGCGAAGUUACAGACUUCUGCUCGGCUCCCUCGGCGAGGAUCCGGACCGCCAGGGACUCCUUAAGACUCCUGAACGAGCUGCGAAGGCGAUGCUUUUCUUCACGAAAGGCUACGACCAGAGUAUCGAUGAUAUAAUAAACGAUGCAGUUUUCGACGAGGACCACGACGAGAUGGUGGUUGUUAAGGACAUUGAGAUGUUUUCCAUGUGCGAGCAUCACUUGGUACCCUUUUAUGGCAAAGUUUCAAUCGGUUAUUUGCCCUGCAAGAAAAUAUUGGGGCUCAGCAAGUUGGCCAGAAUCGUGGAGAUCUUCAGUCGACGUCUCCAGGUCCAAGAACGAUUGACCAAGCAGAUUGCGAUCGCCGUGACGAAAGCCGUUCAACCAGCAGGAGUCGCGGUCGUUGUGGAAGGAGUGCACAUGUGCAUGGUCAUGAGAGGGGUGCAGAAGAUAAACAGCAAGACCGUCACGUCAACGAUGCUCGGUGUUUUCCGCGACGAUCCAAAAACCCGCGAGGAGUUUCUCAACCUGGUGCAUUCGAAGUAGAGGAGAGCGAGGAGGAAUUCAGGUUUUGGGCGCGAAAACCUGGCGCUGUUUGAGGGACUGUCUGACGCGGAGAAAAACCCCCCUCGCAAGGCCUCGCUCAUCGGAAAUUAUCAGUAGACAGGCGCAAUUCGUUUCAACCCGAACGACCGAGGGGAUACGAAGUUACGAAAUCGUAAAAAAUCAUCGUUUCGGAAAUGGAAAACUUUUGGAAAUUCGGUGGGUCGCAAGCGUUCCGGAUAACUGCUAAACGUGUGACACGAUGACAAUAAACGACCCUCUCGGGAAUAUUUACGAAAGCAAAGCGCGAUCGAUCGUUUUGUUGUCGAGAAUACAGAAAAUUGGUCAAAUAAUUGAUUUAAAAACGCUGAGCGCAGCUACACAUCCGGAAAUAAUACGCAGAAAUUAAUCGCGAUUUUCGACAGCCACGAAUUUCGUGAUAUUUCUACAACAAAAAUUGAAGAUUUCAGUACCUCGGUGAAAAAAUAAGAGGCCAAAUCCGCCCAAUCUAUUUUGGAUAUAAAAAUGAUAUUUUCAGUCGAUUUUUGUACAAAGUAUACAGAAGAAUAAUUUUUUAACAAUUGCAUAUUCAAUUUCACGUUUUUCACCGAGGUAAAGAAAAUUUUCAACCUUUUCUUUCACUCGUUCGUUACAAUUUGGUCUCCCGAGUACAAUUUUAUUCGAAGAUCAAGCACAGUAAAAUUUUCAUUAUUCCAGUACCGAGAAUCGGUGUGGUGUAAUCGACCGACGACCAUCGCGGUCAUUCAGACUUCGAAUCAGCGUCGACGAAACAAGUAGCUCUUUGCUCCUGACAAUCGUGUCGGUGCGAUUAAUCGAGUCGGUCGUUACACGUUACAUAAAAACGGAAUGCGAAGUUCUCUCUCCCUUUUUUUAAUUGCACGUGCACUGGACAUUCGUUUACGUGCGUGAUUCAUUUUCCCCCCGACGAAAGCGUGAGUCGCGAGCAUUUAAGAGUAGUCGAUAGGAAAAAUUGCACGAUUUAAGGUAAUAAUGAACGUGCGACUCUCGAAUUACUGUUUCGAGAUUCGACGAGCGGACACGCGCUUUGUUUUCGUAAAUUUAUUGCGAGAUGAAAAUUGAAGGGACUCGAAAAUAGAAAACUUGAAGAAUCAGAAUGAUGAUUAGAGAGGAAAAAUUAACAAGAUAAAAACGAUCGAAUGCGCUUAUUGAAACGAGUCGUGAAUCAUGAUAGAAUCCGAUGAAUCCGAGGCUCGUGAAAGUAUGUGUUUAUGGGGCCGAAAUUCCGGAGUGUUUCGCGAGCCAGCCAUUCGCAAACACUCCGUUCAUCGUGCCUUUGUGAUCAUUCGCUCUUCCGUUGUUAAUUGUUUGUUUUAUAUACAAAUUAAUUUACCCGUUAUUAAUGUGUACACGUUGAAAAUGAUUAUAAUUCAUUUUCAUCGUUGAAUAUUACAAUGAAUAUAAGCGCAGACGAAUCAGAGAUUUGUUUCGUCCGAUUCACAUUGUGCUCAGAGCAUUGA